AUGAAUCCUCAACAAGAAUCGGAUUUUGAUUCUGGUGCUCUCAAACCUUAUUACGGAAAACUGUUUCCUUUUGCUGAUAUGUUUAAAUGGAUGUCUUAUGGCCAUGACGGUAAACAUCCUGGCUGUGAUCAGUCAUACUUUGGAAGAAGGGAAUUUUCCUUCACUCUGAAAGGGGAUUUUUAUCUGCGCUUCCAAUCAUACAACAACGUCCUCGAACUCGAAAACUCCAUCAAAGAUAAAUGCCCUUUAAAGAUUGACAUUGGACCUGUCUACACAGUCGAUCCUGCAAAAAGACAUGCCUAUGCACAGAGUGAUAAUAGUGUCUUCACUCCAGUUGAGAGGGAGUUGAUUUUUGAUAUAGAUAUGACAGAUUAUGAUGAUAUUAGAUACUGCUGCAAGGGUGCUGAUGUUUGCUUGGAUUGCUGGCCAUUGAUGACCGUAGCCAUCAAAGUGAUUGAUACUUCCUUAAGAGAUGAGUUUGGUUUUAAGCAUAUACUCUGGGUCUAUAGUGGACGUAGAGGUGUUCAUUGUUGGGUGUGUGAUGGGAAGGCAAGAAGGUUGACAAAUGAGCAAAGAUCUGCUAUUGCCGAAUAUUAUCGUGUUUACAAGGGCAAUGAAAAUAGUCAUAAGAAGGUUUCUUUGACUGGUGGUGCUCUUCAUCCUUUCUUGGCGACAUCAUACACCAAUGUCCUCAAGGACUAUUUUGAGAAAAAACUGCUUACAAAUCAAAACUUACUUGCUACCGAGGAGAGAUAUGAGAAGAUCCUAAGCAUGAUUCCUGAUGAAUCUAUUGCUUCUGAACUUAGGGGAAGAUGGCAAGAUAAUAGACGGUCCACUAGUGCAAAAGAAGAUAUUAAUGUUGUGCGAUGGGAACAGUGCAAGCAGUUGCUGCAAUCUGGAAAACAUAAGGCACAGGGGCUGCGAAGAUGUGUUGAAGAAAUUGUGUUCUCCUAUACUUACCCCAGGCUAGAUAUGGAGGUUUCAAAGCAUAUGAAUCAUUUGCUUAAAGCACCGUUUUGUGUUCAUCCAAAAACAGGUCGUGUCUGUGUCCCUAUUGACCCAAAUCGGUGUGAUGAGUUUGAUCCUACUACAGUACCCACCCUUUUCCAGAUUCUAGAGGAGCUUAACAAUGAAGGCUUGAGAGCUGAUGUUAAUGGCGCAGAAUGGAGUGGAACUUCACUUGGAAAUGCUGUUAGGCUUUUCAGAUCUUCAUUCUUGGAACCUUUGCAGAAAGCCUGCAAGGAGGAGAUAGAAAGAUCCUAUAAUUUGAAGUUGCAGCAGUCAAAGAACUCCAUAGGUUGGUAG